UACCACAAAGACGAAAAUUUCUGAAUUUUUUUUUCCCCCCCUAAAUCGCAUUCAGUGUUGAUGUUGUAAUGAUAUGACGGUUUAUGCCUUCGCGCCAAGUAUUUUUGGAAAUACUCAAAUAAGGCGCCACGGUCAAUCGACCAGGUGUGUUACGUCACAAUUUCUCCGCUUGGAAAUAAGAUUAAAUUUAUUGAAUUUCUCGUUUUGUGUUAAUCACAAGACCAUCGGUAGGCUGAAAUUUGGGGCCCUGCAAGAAGCUUUGGAACAUCAUUCAAGAUUGUGGAAAGUAAAAUGCAGUGAAAAGAAGUGCCCUGGUUCAUGUACAGUCGAUAUAAUCCUCAAUUUCCACAUCUACAUCGAAUUGGACAUUCGCCCUAAUGUAAGAGCAGAGGUUUCCUUACGCUGCAAGUUGAGAGAUUUUCCCAUUCAUCUUAAUUUAGGCGGAAUGCCAUACAGACUAGCCGGUGUUAUAGAAAGGAUUCCAGGACAUUAUCUAGCGUAUACUCGAAGAACUAAUGGACAAUGGGAGAAAGCCAGUGAUACCGACAAUAAGAUAGUUCCGAGCCUUGAAGGACAUGAAAUUGAACCUCAUGCAGCAAUUUAUGUAAUGGAAGAAGCGUAAAUGUGCAUUUUUUGAGUUUGCUAUUUUAUAACUUUAUGUGAAGUGUUGUCGUUCUGUGGAAGAACGAAUUUGUCGAUUUUAUAUAUUCGUCUAUUGUGUAUUGCCGUUCUACUCUGUAAUUGACAUAGGAUGUAAGAAAUUUAGGGGGAAUGUGCAAGUUUUCACAUGAUUGUAUUUAUUAGUAGAAUGAUACUCAUUUGUUUUCAUACACUCAGUCAAAGACAGAAUAAAAACUUGAAUUGACAUUUAACAGAUAGGUUUCCAAGUAUUAUUUCAUUGAAUUCGGAGCGAAGUGAACCGGUUUUACAUAAAUAAAUUAUAUGCUUUUCAAACUC